UUUUCCUCUUUCGUGAAACAAUUUAACUAUCUACUGACAGGGAACUCCGCAUCGUUACGUUUUCAUCGAGACGAAAAUUCUUAUUGAAAGAAUGCAAUUUUCAUGAGAACGGAUAAGGCGAUUCACGACUCGAAACGUUCGAGUCAUUGAUCAUCGACGUUGCGACGUAAGCACUGUCGAGUGUCCACUUUAUUGCCGGUAAAUAGUGGUAUUUUUCUUGUUCGCGAAGUCGCAGACAGAGACUAUUUACAAACAUGCCAUUCAGAGUCAGCUUGUAGCAGCGGCGCUCGUAAACAUUCGUAAACGUCGUUCGCUCGGCACGCUCGUGGUGAUCCUAGAAAUAAGAAACGUCAGUGCUUCUGUUGCGCCCGAUACGCGAUCGUUCGACUGACAAGCGUGCGGACUUCUCUACCCUGUGGCAGACAAAGUCAUCGGAAGGUGACAAAAGUAAAGAGCCUCUCGACAAUCGAUCGUCAUCAGCGUUUACUUCGCAACAGCGGGAACGAGAUUACGACGGGAACUUUGGACGAUCGAUCGAUAAAAAAACGGGAAAAACGAUUGUUUUCUUCGACGUCGUUCAAUGCGAUCUGCCGAGACGCGAACGAUAGGAAUAAACAGGCUCGAUGAAGACGGCGAAAGUGUGUGCCGGUUUCGUGUGUCUGAUCAAGUAAAACUGUUCAGUUAGUGAUAGAAAGAUUUUGUGUUCUGACGAACAGUGACCCGAGAAGUGUACGCUGAAUUCAGUUUCAAUUUCAAAUAGUAUAUUGUCUCAGCCCUAGUCAACAUCAUCAAAAAUAUUAGUAAUUCUUCAUAUUUUAAUUAAAACCAACUAGUUUUUUUUCAUCGGCGACAAGGGAACACGACUAAAUAAUUGAAAUAUAAUUGAAAAGGUUCAUUUUCUGCGUUGAGGAAGGAGAAAAUAUUAACUUGAAAAGUGUGCAUUGCAUUAGGUUUCAAUUUCAUAAGUCAGCACCAUACAAAAUAACAGAAAUUAUUCUCAACCUUAAAAUCAAUACCAAAUCAUUUUCAUCAAAUGUGCAAUCAUAAUUAAGUGAACAUCAAUCUUGGAAUAAACUACGUAUAUAAAUAGGGAAAUUUCGUGCUGCUGGAAGCAUUGAUGUUUCCCCAUCAUCUAGAAUAAUACCAAUUAUCCUCAGUCUUGGAGUCUGCAAAUGUGCAAUUAUAAUUGACGACUGAUUAGAGAGCCUGAUUAAAAGGAUCCAAGCUUAAGAACAAAAGAGACGGCCGUCGGUCGGUGUUCCCACGAUUGCCUCUUCCUGGUCUUAUACUGGAGCUGUACUUGCCGUACGCACCACUGCCGGGGGGUGGCGGAAUCCUCCCGGCGGUGAGCAGCGGUCCUGGUUCAGGAGGGUGUCGUCCGGUACUGUUGGGUGGCGUCGAUCUGUCGAUGUCGGCGGCAGUGCAGCCGGUCGCGACGCUGCCGACGCUACCGAGUAGCGGUCCGCCGCCGCACAAUCCGCUUCACCAUACACCUGGGGGGCUACCUCUGCCACCAUUGGGCUCGGCACCGGUGAUGAUGCCUCGGCCACCGGCGACCACCAUGCCAUCUUUGGGUCCUUCGUUACCGCCGUCGCAUCAGGACACCGGCGACUUGGCGGAGGCUGCGCCCAACCAGGACGUCCUCUUGGCUCUCCUCGCCAGGAACAAGAACUUGGAAGAACGGAAGAUCAAAACACCAAGCUGUUUUCCGAUCAAGGAAGAACCCUCGAUACCAAAAUGUGGAGGCUGUCAGGAAGCGAUUUUGGACAAGUACGUUCUGAGGGUUCUCGAAAGGUGUUGGCACGCGAGGUGUCUCACGUGCAGAGAUUGCGGUGCAAGAUUGACCGACAAAUGUUUUGCGAGGAACGGUCAUGUUUUCUGCAAGGACGACUUUUUCAAGUGUGGCAGGCGUUUUGGGACGAAAUGCGCGGGCUGCGGCCAAGGAUUGGCACCGUCGCAAGUUGUGCGUAGGGCCCAAGAAUUGGUCUACCAUCUAACUUGUUUCUCGUGCGCCCUUUGCUCUCGACAGUUGGACACUGGCGACGAAUUCUACCUCAUGGAGGACAGGAAGCUUGUUUGCAAGCCCGAUUACGAACAGGCAAAGGCAAAAGAAUUGGCAGACGGAGGAAGUAUAGACGGUGACCAACCAAACAAAAGGCCGAGGACGACGAUCACGGCAAAACAGCUGGAAACUUUGAAAUUAGCUUAUAAUACCAGUCCUAAACCAGCAAGGCACGUGCGAGAACAACUCUCACAGGAUACAGGACUCGACAUGCGUGUUGUUCAAGUCUGGUUUCAAAACAGGAGAGCAAAGGAGAAGAGACUGAAAAAAGAUGCGGGAAGAACGAGAUGGUCACAGUAUUUUCGAAGUAUGAAAGGAACAGGAGCUGGUGGACAUUCACCUAGACAUGAUAAGCUCCUUGAUAAGGAUGAACUUAAGGUCGACCUAGACUCCACCUUUGGUCACCAUGAUUUGAGUAACGACAGUUACGGCACUGUGGUGAACAUGGGAUUAGAUGGUGAAGGCGCGAGUCCAGGUGGCGGUGGAAAUGGGGCAGGUGGGGGCCCUCCACGUGGUUAUUUGGGUGCAACAACACCCCCUUAUCUUUCAACGUCCAGAUCACCGUCCUUACCACCUCAAUUCCCAUAUCCACCGGAUGCUGGCCUCUCCGUCUACACUACCCUAGGAGGCGCAGGUGGCAUGGUACCAGGGCCAGCGUCGGAUUUGAGCAACGAAUCGAGCGGAGGCGGCGGAGGCGGUGGAGGCGGCGGCGGAGGCGGUUACCCAGACUUUCCACCCUCGCCCGAUUCAUGGCUCGGCGAACCACCACCUCCACAUGCUCACCACCAUUCACACUACGCCACAUAACCCGGCAAACUUACGCGUUGCCAAGCACCGUUCGGAAGAGCGGAUCGGCGCAAAGCGUUCACCUGACGAGCCCUUCGACGAAACAUAACUCGGUCGAAAGACUAAGGCCCUCCAUCCGAUCAACCUGUCCUUCGUCGAUCGUCGAUGAUAACGAUCCUCGAACCGAUCGAAAGGGUCUCGGUGUUCUCGAUGUUCCAUCGUAAAAGAAAAAGGAUUCAUCUACGAGAGGAACUCGAUACAAAGCUGACAAUCGAGCACCGACUCGAGCCAGGGAAUCAUUCUACACCGUACUCUGCACCGUCCCGGCCGGUUUCCCGUCAUCGAAAUGAUGCCAUAUUGUCUGAGCUGUCGUAUAACGUUACAUUUAUAGCGCACGUACGAUACACAUUCGAUAGGUACGAUUAAUCUAAAUAUAUUUAUGUACAAGUUCCUCGUUUCUCGGUACUAUGGAGUUUAAUCGUCGAAUAAAGAAACCUAGAGGGUAGUUUAGACGUGUCGCGAGAAACGAGCGUUCGUUUGAAUCGAUGCGACUCAACAGAAAUAAACUGCUCUUCGAAUAUAUACCUUGAUAUUGAUUAAAAUCAAUAUUUGGGAAAUAUUUCGGGGAGCUCCAUUCGCUUGUUCCAACGAACGACUCCGUUGUAUCGAUCGAAAAAUCGCGAUUCUAAUUCGCAAAUCACAUCGUUUCGUUCAUAGGACACGUUUCUGUGGUAUUACAGCGCUUACGUGACGAUAGAAGUUUCAGGUGUCAUUUAUUGUAAAUAGUUUUCAGAUUAGAUUCUAUCAUACUACAGUAAAAGAAGGCAGAAAAUGAUAAGUAGGAACAGAAUAUAAAGAGGAUUGGCGUACAGCGAUCUUUGCAGGGACGACGCCGUCCGCAAGCAAAAUUCCGAAUAUAAAUUUAACCAUGAAGCACUUUUACGAAUCGACGCUCGUUAGAUAUCAUCCGUGUGAAUAAAAAUUUACCUAACAUUUUUCGAUAUUUUUCAUUAGUAUACUUAUAAAAAUACAUCGAAUAGCAAAACUUUCUUUGAAAAAAAUAUCAACGAAUUAUAAGGAUUCGUUUGAGAAAGAUCAAUGUUGGUUGAUCACAAUGUAAACAAUCACAUUAUCCCAUAAAAGUCACCACGUAUAAGGAUUUAGUAGUUUGAAAUUGGCGCGUGUCGCGACCAAUCAAAAGCACGCUACUUACCUUUCCGCGAACCGCUCAUGGUCAGUCGACUUUGAGAAGCGGUAGGGUGCAGACGUGACGUGUGAACGGUCCGCGUUAAUUGUACUACUUUCGAGCGUCUUGUAAACAUACUUGUGAUAACGUGAUUUCUAAUCGUGACAGUCGGAUGUGAACCGUUGAUCGUGUCGUAUUUUAUCACGUAUAAGGCGUUUCGUUUCCGAUCGGCGAACCUCAUGGGACCCCUGUCAUUGGAUAGACGCAUCUGCAUAACUGUAUAAUUGACGGUGUAUCGUGAGAUGUAUAGUAACUCUUGAAAUGUUUUCUAUCCUGGUAUGUACCAGUGUCUGAGGUUGUCAUCUAAAA